AUGCUGCGGCCGCUGCCCUGCCCUGCCCCUGUGGCCCGGCGAGGCGGAGCGCGGGCGGGCCGCGUGCAGCACCAUGAAGAUGCAUUUCAGCAUCCCCGUCUCGGAGCAGCUGCUGGAGAAGUUCGGGGGCCGCUACGUGCUGUACUCUGUGUACCUGGAAGGCUUCCUCUUCUGCAAGGUGCGCUACAGCCAGCUACACCACUGGAACGAUCAGCUAAGACGGAUCUUUGGGAGUACCGUUCCUGCUUUCCCUCCAAAGUUCUAUCUUGCAAUGACCAAGUCCAUGGCUGAUGAGAGGAGGUCUCAGCUUGAGCAAUAUCUACAGAGUGUAACUGUAGAUCCAAGUAUUACAAACAGUGAUGUCUUCAUCAGUUUUUUUAGAAAAUUACAGCAGGAUACAUUUAAGAUCCAGACACAGAGAGCCUCUCUGGAUGUUUACCUGGCCGAUGGAAGGAAUGUUAGGCUUGAUAUCCAGACAUCGGACACUGCUGAAAGAGUACUAGAGGUUGUCUCAUACAAGAUGGGGCUGUCAAGAGAAUUAAUAGGAUAUUUUAGCUUAUUUUUUAUUCAAGAUCACAGCAAUGGAGUUCUCUCUGUGGUGAAAAAAGUGGCAGAAUUUGAACUUCCCUACGUGAGUCUUCAGAGUAUGAAAGAGUCAGACUGUAAGAUUGGGAUCAGAAAAUGGUAUCUGGAUCCCUCUCUUGAUAAAAUGUUAAUGGACUGUAGAGCUUCAGUGAAUUUACUCUAUAUGCAGGCACUGCGGGAAAUUGAGAAGAAUUGGGUCAAACCCACAGAUGGACAGAUGCAGAAACUGGAAUCGCUACAAAAAGCGGCAAACAAAAUGAAGGUUCUAGAGCUGGUUCAGGAAGUGCAGCACUAUGGAUAUAUACAGCUUGAUCCCUGCACCUGUGACUAUCCAGAAGUAGGCUGUUCUGCUGCUGUUCAUGUAGGAAAUAAUGAGAUUAGCUGCUGCAUAAAGUUACCUAGUAACCAGACCAAAGAGGUCAGCUUCAAGAUCAACAGGGUGAGGUGCUGGCAGGUCACUUUUCUAGGCGCUAUUACACAGCCAAAAGACCAAGGACACGAGCAGACCCUAGAGUUCAGGUUCGAGUACAAUGAUUCGGACUCAUGGAGAUGGAUCGUCUUUUACACAAAACAGGCAUUUCUACUGAGUAGCUGCUUAAAAAAGAUAAUAUCAGAACAGCUGAUGAAGACAACCAAAGGAGACAAAGAAAUGCAGAUUGAGAUGCCUGAAUCCCUGAAGAGUAAAAAAUCCAGCGUCCAACAAAGUCAGAUAGCUCACUCUGGUUUUAUACCAAGAAAAAGGAUUUUGGUUAGACCAAAUAAAGAGGAUGGUGUUUUUGAGAAGAUAAGAGAGGAAGAUCUGUGA